UUUUUGACACAGCGUUAGACAACGCAGAGAAGGUGUAUUAUAAUUUUAGUUUUUCUAAACAACGUGCUCUUAUCAAUAAAUUUUCAAAUAUAAACAAAAGGGAGAAAUAAUAAUAUAAAAAUGGUGCAAGGAAAGUUUAAAAAAGCUAAAUUACCAGCCAGCGUGCAAAAGAAACAAAAGCAGGCAAAGGCGAAGCCAUUUACAAGAAGGUCCAAUGCACCCAUACAGCCAAAAAAAGCCAAAUUCAAUGAACAACAAAAAAUUAAAAAUGCUAUUUCAAAAACUGUAAACAAAUCAGUUGAAAAUGAAUUACGUUCUCGUGCCGUUGAAGGGCAAAUUAAACUGAGCAAAGCACAGGAAGCAGUGGCAAAAUAUCAUCAAGCGAAAACUGCAACGGAGGCAGGACCAUCGUCUUCAGCGUCGUAGUAUAUGCGCUGGUUUGAUUUUUAAAUUAUAUAGUGAUGGAAAAAAAUUUGAACUGGUAGAGUGUAAACAUUCUCCUUGUUGCAACGAAAAAUUAUAAAUUAAAUUUUAUCACUGUUGUAUUUAUUUACAAACAUAUAUGGUAUAUAUGUGUGUAGUUUUUAUAUGCAAACAUGUAUUUAGAUUGAUUUUUAUAACUGUUAGUUCAAAUAAUAUUAAGUAUUAACAAUAA